AUGAUCAUGCUCCUCCCGCCGCCAAACCCGACCCUCAAGGACCAGAAGCUCCUGAUCCUCUCCCAGUUUAAGCCCGACGACGACUUCUAUGCCAAGCUGCACUCCCAGUUCCCGGAUCUCAAGGUCGUCUACCACGAGCUCGGCUUCCCCGAGAAGAAGCCCGGCAGCACCUUUAACGAGAGCGAGUGGAAGGACGUGACGAUCCUGCUCACCGGCAGCGCCCUCCCGGACCCGGAGCAGGCGCCGAAGCUGCAGUACGUGCAGCUGCAGAGCGCCGGCGCGAACCACAUCUUGAAGCACCCGCUGUUCACGGACACGGAUGCAGUCUUUGCGACGGCGAAUGGUGUCCACGGAGGAAUCCUCGGCUACGGCAGCAUCGGCCGCCAAACCGCCCGCGUAGCCACCGCCCUCGGCUUCAAAGUGCACGCCUACACCCUGCACCCGCGCCCGACGCCCGAGUCCAAGCGCGACAACGGCUACUCGCCGCCCGGCCUCGGCGACCCGGAGGGCAAGUUCCCCGCCAAGUGGUUCUCGGGCGCCUCCAAGGCCGACUUGCACGCCUUCCUCGGCUCCGGGCUCGACCUGCUUGUCGUCGCGACCCCGCUGACCGACAAGACGAGCCACCUGCUCGCGGCGGAGGAGUUCCGCAUCCUGUCCGCGAAGAAGACGUUCGUGUCCAACAUUGCGCGCGGGCCGAUCGUCAACACGGACGACCUGAUCAAGGCGCUGGACGACGGGCUCAUCCGCGGCGCGGCGCUGGAUGUGACGGAUCCGGAGCCGCUGCCUGAGGGGCAUCCGCUGUGGAAGGCGAAGAAUCUGUUGAUUACGCCGCAUAUCAGCGGUAUGUCGACGAGUUAUACGGAGCGGAUCCUGGGGAUUUUGGACCUGAAUUUGGAGCGGUUGAGUCAGGGGAAGAGGCUUGUCAACGUUGUCAACAAAAAGGAGGGUUACUAG